GACGCACUUUGUGUUGCCAUUGACGCGAAGAUGGAGGGUGUGCUUGGUGAGGAAGGUGGAAAGGUUGAACGUAAUUUGAUACCUUGCAGAAUUUGUGGAAGAACUUUUUUGGCAGCAGCACGGUUAAAGCAUGAACCCAUCUGUCAAAAAAAUGCUAACAAGAAGAGGAAGACCUUUGACUCCAGUAGACAGAGAGCUGAAGGAACUGAUAUUCCCACCCUAAAACCUCUAAAGCCCAGGCCAGAGCCUCCCAAAAAGCCCUCAAAUUGGAGACAGAAGCAUGAAAGCUUUAUUGCUACCAUCAGAGCAGCCAAAAAGGCUACCCUAAUAAUAAAGGAAGGGGGUACUCCACCACCCCCACCACCACCCUUAUAUGAUCCAGAUUAUGUCCAGUGCCCUUAUUGUCAGAGAAGAUUUAAUGAGAAUGCUGCUGAAAGACACAUUUCUUUCUGCAAGGAACAGGCUGCUCGUGUGACCAAACCCAAGCAUUCUAGUGCAAAAGGGAAGCAAAGCUCUCCAACACAGUACAAAUCUCCAGUGCUUAAGAAGACUAACUCUCCAGUUUCAACACCUAACGCAUCAACACGUAUUCCCCAACCUUCUCUUGGAAAAACUGUAACAGUAUUUUCUACCGCCAAAAGUAACUUGCCAUCAGCCAGUGAAAAUAAGCUUCGAGAUGGGUCACCAGUAAAACGGACUCCCUCUGGUGCUGGUAAUAUUUCUGGACCAGGAAGUCAACCCACUAGUAAUAGCAGGUCUCGAACACUAGCGCCACCUAGUGGAACUAAAAGUACUGCAGCAGCAGGCUCAGUGAAUAGAAAGACCCACAAUGCUGAGAAUUAUGUAAGAAACAAUAUUAAAUCAGGUUUGGACACAAGAGAUAGUUCCUUGACCAUAAGUGAUGGCAAAAUAAAAGGAAACAUCAGAAAUUCACCUGGUCAACAACUGCCAAGAUUUUGUCAUCAAUGUGGAACCAAGUAUCCUGUGGAAGGUGCAAAGUUCUGCUGUGAAUGUGGAAUGAGAAGGUUGAUGCUUUGAUCAUAUAAUAUGAAUAUUUUCCAAAGAAAAGAUUAGUACAAUUUUCAAAGCAUUUUCAUAAAUGAGCAUUGCACUGUUCAACAUUACAAAAAUUUAUCCAAGAUCAAAAUACAUCAUUUAAAGACAAAUUACAAUAACUAAAACAAUAGAGCAAUCUUUGAAUUAUAUGCAGUGCAAUAUAAGCAAUUAUGAAAUUGUGUUUUGUAAAAUUGCUAUUCACAGUGUAUCAGGGUGCUUGUUUUUCCAAUUGGCUGCUGUACAUUGAGUAAUCUGUGUAACAGAGAAAUUCCUCUGUUUAUCAGGUGAAAGUAAAAUCUAACAUCCUUUGGUGAUCUAAUAGAGGAGCAAUGAAAUGUAACAUUUGGAAAAUGAAUUCCCGAUAAAUAUGUUGCAACUCAGUUGUUCAAAUAUAAUGGCAAGUUCAUCAUUUCUUGAGUACAGUAUAAACUUGAUAAUGCAAAUAAUACAUUGCUCAGCAAAUUAUAAAAAUGGAUUGUAUCAAAUGUAGUGAAGUAAAUUCAUUCUACAAAAAAUAGGAAUAGGAGAAAAAUGUCAAGAUGAAAGCAUUCACUUUACCUCUUGUAUCAGUUUAGUUUACACACAUCACUUCGUCACAAACUAUGCUGAAUAUUUGUAUGGCUGCUGCAAAUUAUACAUAUACGAUGCCAAUUUAGGGCUGUUAUGUUGGUAAAUGUCUAUGACCAGCUUGUUGGGUAGAUAGCCAUUUUCUCUUUUGGCAAGGCAUUUUAACUUCUGACACUGAAAAUGUAACUGCAUGAUAUUGUGGUGUGAAAGUAAAUCUACCUAUAUGCAGAUUAUUGUGACAAUGCAGGAUUAAGAUUUAAGGUCCUCAAAAACAAACAUUUAUACAGAAACAGAUUCUAUACUGGUACAAGCUUACAUAUAUUUGGUCAUUGUGCUGAAUCACAUUUCUCUUGUAAUUAAGUGUUAGAAAUUGCAAUUUAGUGUUCUGUUAGUACCAGUGUGCAGUGUUUAUUCAUGUAACUAGAGAUGUUUUAUGUAAAUGAUCUGAUAUUUCUAAAUAUCAAAAGGUAAACCCAAUGAUAUUGAAAUGUUAAAACACUCAGCCCUGCAGACCUUUUUGAAUAAAAUGAAUCCUGAAAACCAUCCAGCAACUCUUAAAUAUAGAAAGAAGACAAUAUAGAUGUUUUCUUUUGUUCAUGAUGUAUAUUUAUUUGAAUUUGUUAUCUCAGUGUAAUGAAAGUUCACCUAUCAGAAAGAAUCUUUUUUUAUUUUUGUUUUUGGAAUCUCUAGAAAUAGUUAUUUAGGGUUCCAGUCCUGAUCUGAUAUGAAUCAUGAAUCAGAAAGUUAUGGACCAUACAGUACAUUGUUCCCAAGACAUAAGAAUGUAUUGAAGCUGGCAAUCAUUGCAGUACUGGGUUCAGUAAUCAGUGGUGCUGACUUACUUUCACAUGAGACUUUCAAGGACGUGUUAACCUUCUCAGAUGAAAUUAAAAGAUUCCAUGCCACCAUUUAAAAGUUAGUAGCAUUUGUCUUGCAUCCUAGCCAAUGUUUAUACCCCAAUCAAUAUCACAUUUGUUUUUACUGAUUAUCUGCUCACUGUUUGCCAUGUUUCUCUAAGAACACUGACUCCAUUUAAAAUGUAUUUUUGAUGUGAAAGUAUGGCAAGACACCUAUUGUCUUGAGCCAAGUGGCUUAAUUCUGCUCCUAUGUCUUAUAGUCUGUAAUAUAAAAGGGGGUUGGCUGAUUGUGAAAGUAACCUAGUAAUGAAUUACAUCACAUUUUGGUAGUAAAUGCAUUAAGUACCACUGAAGUUGCUCAGUGGAACAAUUUUAUAAGGAACUUUGUUUAUUUUAAUGGAAUUCCUUGUAAUAACUUGUUUAUUUAUUAAAAGAGUAGAAGAUAGAAUUUUCCUUUUUGUACACUGGUAUAUUAUAGGGACAGGGUUUUAUAUAUGGGAAAAUAAUCUGUGUUAGGUUAACUUAAUAGUUGUUGUUCCUCUUCACCUUAAAAUCACUUCGUGCUUGUUCAGCCUUAAAGCUUAUAAGAAGCACAGCACUGUGAAAAGGUCUGAAUUUAAAAGAAUUUGCGGAUCUUGAAGCAAGUUUCUGGAGAUGUUCAUGAAUCUGUGAUGGCCGCACUUGCCAUUAUGUUAUAUCUAGAUACUUAGUAAUUGAAGAUAGUGCUUUAUUUUUAAAAAUGGGCUUUCAAUCUGCCUACUUCAUGGUGUCCAAGAAGAGCUGAAGCACUGGGGAAUGUUCGUUUAGGAGAAUGUUCAGAGGUGUCACAUACAAUAUUUAGUAUAGGAAAAGGCUAUACAACCCAAUUAAUAUCUUUCGGGGUUAUCCAGCAUGAAAAUAGGCCUUUCCACCCAACUGGUCCAUACCAACCAUGUUGCCUACUUGAGCAUUUUCCAUUCGCCUGCUUUUGGCCCAUGUCCCUCUAAAAUCUUUCCAAACCAUGUACCUGUCCAAUUGUACCCAUUUCUACCGCUUACUUAGACAGUUCAUUCUAUACCAACCUCUGUGUGGGAAAAAUCUGCCCCUAGGAUCUGCUUUAAAUCUUUCCCCUCUUACCUUAAACCUACAUCUUUAGCUUAGACUCCCCUAGGAAAAAGGACUGUGUCCCUCAUGAUAUAUCCUUCUGUGAGGUCACCUUCCAGCUUCCUACACUGAUGUCCAUAUUUAUUCUCCAUGCAGGUAUCUUUCUUUCCAUUUCUCAUCUUCCUCAUGCCAGCCUUUGAGGAUAUCGGUAUUCCCAGUUCUCUCUUACGUACACUCGAUUUCAUUGUGAAAGUGCCUCAAGCAUUUGCUGAGAUAGGGAGUACCAAGUUUUUUGCAUUCCUGAGUAAAGAAAGCUUCUAUUAGAUUCAUCAGCAGUAUUUAUACUCCACUUGUUGAAGACUGCAAAAAUUUAAAAAUGUUUCAUUUUUCCCCAUCUAACCACCUAAUAACAUUAAAGUGACCUUUAUAUUUACUGGAGACCAGACAUAAAGUGUGGUCUUAUCAGGAUAAGCCAUAAGUUUAACUGUUAGAAUUUUCAAUUUCUUGCCAAUCUCUGACACUGCACUAAUAGAUCUGUCUGUAUUCCUUUGAUCCUGCAUCCCUUUCAGUUUCUCUUUUAAAGAUAGGGAUUAUUUUUCUGUUUUUCCUAUCAAACAGCCACAUGUAAUGCUUAUAGAUUAGAAGUCAAAGAGCUGUUCAGUCUAUUAUCUUGCCUUCUUUGGUCUUAUACAUAAUCACUAAUUGGGAACAUACCUUCAAGUUUGCUUAUUACAAAGGUCAAAGCAGUCAAUGAAAAUUAUAAAUAACUGUUCUGGCAGCACCAAUCCCGUGUAGGAUAUCACUCACAGCCUUCUGGUUCUAAACAGGCACGCCUCACUGUUUUAGGCAUUCCUAAAUUACAGCUGUUUGUCUUCUAACUCAGUAUGCCUUAACCUGUUACCUUAAAGAACAUUAUCAACAGCCUUCUGAAAAUCCAAGCACAUAAUCUUUUUCAUUCUCCUUGUUCCUCUGCAACCUAUGCUGACUUUUAUUUUUUUUUUAUUUCUAGAUGUUGUAUUUUUAUUUUGGUAUGAAUUGUUAUCUUUAACUGAUGUUAAGCUAAGGACUGUAACUCCCAAGUCUUGUUCCAAUCUACUUUUACAUAUAGAACUAUAUCAACUGUCCUCUAGUGGGGCUGUCUUUAAUGGAACCUGUUUCUAACUUACACCCAACGAAACUCAGUAGACAAUCCCUCCAUGUCAUCCUCCUUCCCUGCAGCCGCAAUGCUAUCUCUGAUCAACAGUACCAUGCCCCCACCUCCUUUGCCUCCCUCCCUGUCCUUUCUGAAAACUCUGAAGCCUGGCACUGAAGUAACCAUUCCUGCCCUUGAGCCAUCCAAGUCUCUGUAAUGGCCACAACAUCAUAGCUUCAAGUACUGAUCCACACUCUAAGCUCAUCCGCUUUGUUCACAAUACUCCUUGCAUUAAAACAGACACCUCUCAAACCUUCAGUCUGAGCACGUCCCUUCUCUAUCACCUGCCUAUCCUGUGUCUCACACAGUCUCCAAGCUUUCUCUAUUUGUGAGCCAACCACCUGUUCCUCAGUCUCUUCAGUUUGGUCCCCACCCCCCAGCAAUCCUAGUUUAAACUCUCCCCAAUAACCUUAGCAAACCUCCCUGCCAGGAUAUUGGUCCCCUGGGAUUCAAGUGCAACCUGUCCUUUUUGUACAGGUCACUGCUACCCCAAAAGACGUCCCAAUGAUCCAGAAAUCUGAAUCCCUGCUCCUUGCUCCGAUCCCUCAGCCACACAUUUAUCCUCCCCCUCACUCUAUUCCUAUACUUACUCUCGCAUGGCGCAGGCAGUGAUCCUGAGACGACUACCUUUGUGGUCCUACUUCUCAACUUCCUUCCUAACUCCCUGUAGUCUGCUUUCAGAACCUCCUCCCUUUAUCUGCCUAUGUCAUUGGUACCAAUAUGUACCACAACUCUGGCUGUUCUCCUUCCCAUUUCAUAAUAUCUUGGACAUGAUCAGAAACAUCCUGGACCCUGGCACCAGGGAGGCAAACUACCAUCCAUGCUUCUUUCCUGCGUCAACAAAAUCUCCUUUCUGGCUCCCUAGCUAUAGAGCCCCUACCGCUACUGCCUUUCUCUUCCUUUCCCUACCCUUUUGAGCCACAGGGCCUGACUAUAUGCCAGAGGUGCAGCCACUAUUGCUUCCCCCUGGUAGGCCUUUCCCCCCCAACAGUAAUGACGUAGGAGCCACAGGGGUGCUCUCUAGCCUCUGACUCCUGCCCUUCUUUCUCCUGACUUACCCACUUAUCUGUCUCCCCAGGGUCUGGUGUGACUACCUGACUAUAGCUUUUCUCUAUCACCACCUCACUCUCCCUGACCAACGAAGGUCAUCGAGCUGCAUCUCCAGUUCCCUAACACAAUCCCUAAGGAGCUGCAGCUUGAGGCAUCUGGCGCAGAUGUGGUCGUCCUUGAGGCUGGGAAUCUCCCGGACCUCCCACAUCUGACACCAAACACAGAAAACCGGCCUCACACACAUACAUGUCUGUAUUCUACUCAGGCAACCUACCUCGCCUUGACCCGUUAUCGCCGAAGCCCCGUUGAGCCACAGCCUUCCUACGCUGUCUCCCUCUACUCAGAUGUCCACUCUAUAAGAUGUAUUCUUUUAAACUCUUCUCACUGUUUUCACUAGCUGACGUCCAUGUGCUUGCACAGUAGUGCCUCGAUCAAACCGCUGAAAAAAUAACCAUAAGAAUUAAACAUAAUUUCUUUUGUGAGAUGGUAAUGAGCAGUGGAAUUGGCUGCUAUAGGGGCAGUAGAGACAAUGGGAUAAAUUUAAAUUGAGCUUUUUAUUAUCUUUAUCAAAUCCAUUUUGCCCUUCAUCUUUCCUGCCUAUGUGUAAUCUCUGCUGUAUUAUUUUGGCAUGCCCACUGUUUUGGUUGCUAAGGCUGUAGCACUUGCUGAUUGAUGUUGUACACCUGAUACUACUUGGUCUAAAUAGCACAUGACCAAUCUGUCCCAUCAUGAUAUUUUUACUAAGACACCCCUUGGGCUUGUUGAUUCUUCACUCUAAAGAUCAGAUCCCUGAGCUAGAAAAUUUAGUAUUAUAUGCAACAAUAUAACUCAAUUUUCUGCUUGCAUGUAGAAAUUGCCUUUCUCUUUCAAUUUUGUUGAAAUUAAUCUGUUGCAUUCAAACUGCUCUAAAGGUCAAGCAACAGUUGUGGAGAAAGAAAUAACAUUUCAGGUCAGUGCUCUAACUUCAUGAAAGGUCAUCUGCUUAAAAUAUUAACACCAUCGCUCUCCAUAGAUGCUACCUAAUUUGCUGAGUGCAUCCAGCAUGUUUUUUUUUGUUUGUUUACAGAACAUAGAACAGUACAGCACAGGAACAGGCCAUUCAGCCCACAAUCUGGUGCUGAGCCAAGUCGGUAAUCAAAUGGCCAACUAAACUAAUCACUUAUGCCUACACGGUGUGUAUAUCCCUCCAAUUUCCUUAUAUUCAUGUGCCUAUCUGAAUGCCUCCCCUCUCACCUUAAAUACAUGCCUAUUGGUAUUGAACAUUUCAACUCCAGGGGAGAAAGAUACUGUCGAUCUAUUCUGUGCAUCUCAUGAUUUUGUAAACCUCUAUCAGACCUCACUUCAGCCUCACCCAUUUCCCACCCAUCACCCAUAGAAAUCAACCCGUUUCUCCAACCUCUCGUUAUAGCACAAGCCCUCUAGUCCAGGCAGCAGCCUGGUAAACCUCUUCUGCUCCCUCUCCAAAGCCUGGACAUCCUCUUUAUAAAGGGUGACCAUUAUGUAUGCAAUACUCCAGAUGUGGCCUAACUAGAGUUUUAUAAUGCUGCAAUGUAACUUCCUGACUUUUGAACUCUGUGACUCAACUAAUAAAGGCAAGAAUGUCAUAUACUUUCUUAACAACCCUAUCAACCUUUCAGAGAGCUAUGAACUUGGACCCCAAGAUAAUCUGUUCACAACAUCGUUAAGGAUCUUGCCCUUAACAGUGUACUAUUUCUUUACAUUUGACCUACCAAGGUGCAACACUUAAUAUUUGGCCAGGUUAAACUCCAUCUGCAACUGAUCUAUAUCCCAUUGUAUUCUUUGCCUGUCAUCCACAACACCAUCUAUCUUUGAAUCACCUGCAAACUUACUAACCCACCCACUUUCAUCCAGGUCAUUUAUAUACAUUAUAAACACCAGAGGUCCCGGUAGCGAAGAAGGGUCUUGGCCCGAAAUGUUGAGUUUACUCUUUUCCAUAGAUACGGCUCCACCUGCUGAGUUUCUCCAGUAUUCUGUGCAUGUUGUUUUGAUGUCCUAGUACAGAUCCGUGUGGAACACCACUAAUCACAGUCCUGCAGGUCCCUUCGACAGCUACCCUCUGUCAUGUAUGGGCAAGACAGUUCUGAAUCCAAACAGCAUGCGUUUAAUCUUCUGGAUGAGCUGCCCAUAAGGGACCUUACUAAAAUCCAUGUAGGCAACAUUCACAGCUCCACCUUCAUCAUCACCCUUGUUACCUCAUCAAAAACCUCAAGUUAGUAAGACACAAUUUGCCCUGCACAAAGCUGUGCUGGUUCUCCCUAUUUAAGUCAUGGUUUUCCAAAUGCUCAUAAAUACUAUUCCUAAGAAUGCUCUCCAGUAAAAGCUCCCUACCACUGGCAUGAGACAUUGGUCUAUUGUCUCUAGGAUUAUCGCCGGUUGCCUUCUUGAACAAUGGAACAUUAGCUAUUUGCCAGUCCUCUGAGGAAUUAACUAUGACUAAAAAGGACACAAAGAUAGUGAUCAAGGCCCAAGCAAUCUUUUCACUUGCCUCUCUCAAACCUAAGGUAUAUCUCAUCACACCCUGGGAACAUCCACCUUCAUGCUCUUUAAGAGAUACCUCCUCCUUUUACUUCAAGAUGCUCUAGCAUAUUAACACUCUUGGCACUGAUAUCCUUAUCCUUCACAUUCUUCUCCUAGGUAAAUACUGAUAUAAAGUGCACAUCCUCCACAAGGUGGAGUAUUAUUGUGUAUGAAACUACAGUUUUUAAAUUAAAGCAGUAUUUAAGUUGUACAAGACCUGGUGUUGCAGUUGUAAUAGGGAUGUGAAAUUAGAAAUGUAAAAGAAAAACAAAUAUUUUCUUUUGCAGCUGAAAAAAAUGGAUGAUCUGAUAUUUUUUAAAUUAUGAAGUGGUAAUUCAUAAGUAUUUAAGGCGAUUGUUUCCAGUUGUCAACUUGAUAACUAAGAAUGCAAGUUUUAAAAAAAGAGAAAAUUAAUCCGAGUAAUUGUAAAGGCUUUUGAAUUCUCUGUACAAAUCAUAACUGAAGUGCAGCCAAUGCUCCCUCUAAGAUGUGAAGGCACUCAUCUUUUGCUGUUAGUGCACAAAGGAAGUUAAGCUGCGCACAAAAGAUGUCACUCUCUAGCUCGUUGACAUAGAACCAUAGAACAUUACAGCACAGAAACAGGCCCUUUGGCUCUUCUUAGCUGUCCCGAACCGUUUUUCUGCUGACUCCCACUGGCCUGCACCUAGCCUAUAUCCCUCCUUACACCUCUCAUCCAUGUACCUGUCCAAGUUUUUCUUAAAUGUUAAAAGUGAGCCUGCAUUUACAACUUCAGCUGGCAGCUCAUUCCACACUCCCCCCACUCUCUGUGUGAAGAAACCCCCCCCCCCCAUGUUCCCUUUAAACUUUUUCCCCUUCACCCUUAACCCAUGUCCUCUUUUUUUUCUCCCCUGUUAAGUACAUUUCAUGAUCGUACACAAUCACAUUCCUUUUCCGGUUUCUGAUGCAGACAGUAUUAACAAUGAGGAGUUUAUGAUGAAAUGUCUGCAGAUUUUAGAACUGGCUUAUUUAUACUUUUUUAAUUGAAGAAGUUAUUCAUCCUGUUGACUCUGGGCAAAAAAAUUGCACAGCGCAAGAUUUUUGUGCACACUGGUCAUUACAAGUUAGAUGGAACAUUGAAUACAGCCUACACAUUCUUUUAAAAUUGUAGGUACGUGGUCAGCACAACAUUGUGGGUGAAAGGCCUGUAAUGUGCUGUUGGUAUCUACAUUCUACAUGGUGAUUGUAAAGAAUCAAUAAAAGGUAUAGAGAGGGUGUAACUGAUAAGGCAAAUUAAGAAAAAUUCUGUUGCAGCCAUUGAGUGGUUUUUAUUUAUUUAAUCACCAGGUAUCUAUAUCUUUAUUUUCACAAUACAAUAUUUUUAUAUACAAUAUUUCUGAUACUUGAGACUUCUCAAUAGUAAUACAAGUCCCAAAUCAGAUGUUAUAUAAUAAAAUGCAAUUGUUGCAAUUACCAUAGCUCCAGAAAAACAUUUAAUAUUGCACUGGGGUAACAUUUAUGCUAAGCAAGAUCGGAAGAAAAAUCAUUAAACCGGUUUUUGUAUUGAAUGUUGAGAGUGAAUAUGAUUGGGGUUAGACAAGAAUGUCAGGCUGCAGCUACUGAUAAUUAUUUUUCCUAGACAAUUACAACCCUACUUUUGAAGAGCUUAAAGACAUUACUGUUGAAUUUGAACAAUUCUUUGAGAUCAAUGGUACUGAUUUAAAAUUAUUUUACACUGAAGAAAAAUGAUAGGCUAUUAAGAUAAAUGUCACCACACUGUAAUUGUUUAAGUAUAAGAUGUUGAGUUGUUCUGUUUUUGGAAGUGCAGCUCAAGCAGAGCUGGGAGUGAUACCAAGGUGUCAGCUGGUUGAAGAUUAACUGAGCUUCAGCAGAAAUCUCUGGAGUGAAGUUUUAUGUUAAAGUACAGUGCACAGAAAUGUACAAGUGAAAAAUGUUAUUUAUGUGCAGCCAAAAGGAAUCACUGCCCAUGGAUCCGAAGCAUUUUUUUUUUAAAGUUAAAUCAUGUAGACAUAUAGGCAAGUAAGCUUAAAUAGUGUCUGAGCUGAACAGGGAUGGAUAGAGGAAAGUGUAGUAAUUAAAGAAAUCUAGGUUUUUAAAGAAGAAAAUAGAAUACUGGAUUUAAUAAACCAGAGACCCAAUAUAACAGCAGUUUUUAAUUGUUCAAAGUUUAGUGACUGAUAGAAAAUGCAAGUUUAAUCAUCAGAAAAACAAAGGUACAAAUUGUGCUUGGAUUUAAAAUUCAUGCCCCUUUAUGGCCUUAAAACUAAACUUAUUAGAGUGCCACCUAUUGGAACAUAAAACAAUCUGCUAGUAGACCACAGUGAGUCAGGCAGCAUCUGUUGAGGGGAAUGUUCAAUCAUUGUUUCAUGUUUAAGAUCAUUACAUCUCCAGGGAUCCAUCAGUUAAACAGAUGCAGUGUGUGGACGACACAUUGGACUAAAUAGCAGAGGCAACAAAGCCAAGAACCACCAGAAAGUAAACAAGCCAGUAUCCUGGCACAAUCACAACAAUUUACCCUCAAAACAGUAAAGAUGCAUAUAGACUUAAGGAGAAAUCUGAGAAAUCACAUUCAUCAUAAAUGCUUUGCAGUUAGCACCUUUUCAACAUUCAGGUUCCCAGGCAUCAUAUUUCACAGGACCUCCUGAGAACCCUAUCUUAUUCAUAACAAAAAGGUUCAGCAGAGGAUGGACUUCUUCCCCAGAACAUUCUGGUGCAAUUCUACACUGCUAUCAUAGAGAGCACCUUCACGUUAGCCAUUACUGUCACAUCUGGCGCAGCAUCCUCUUGCAAUAUACAAAAACUACAGUGAACCGUUAGGUCAGCAGGAAAGUCACUGGGGGUAGUCUGCAAUCACUGUAGGGCUUGUAUGUGCCCAGGACAAAAUAGCAAGCAGAAAAAAAAUCAUUGUGGAUAUCCCCACCCUGCAAACUAUAUUUUCCAAAAGCUCCCUUCUAAAAAGGGAUACUUAAACAAAAACUUCCUGGCAUCUUAGAAGUUUCUUUCCCAAGGCAGUUUGACUAUUCAUAUUAGCUACCCCACCUACCCCUCCACACAUCUUUAUUAUCUCAGUCAUGCAAUGCACAGUAAAAACUUUAAAUCACUUAUAAUGCUGUUUACAUUGUAAAUACAUGCUAAUAUUUAUGUACAUUUUAUUCCAUAUCCAUCCUUUAACUUAUUUUUAUAUAAAUCUCUAUAUUUGUUGAAUGUUUUUUGUUGCACCAACGCACCAUAAUAAAUCCCUAAUAUAUGUAACUGUAUAUGGCAUACAUCGUGCUUGUUGGAUGACAGUUGUCCCAAGUCAUUUCUGGAGAGGGCAAUGCAAACCUUGAGUUUGGCUCUAUUUUGCUUGUUCUGCAUUUCUGCUCCAUGCAACCUAACACUCCCAAUUUCACAAGAUACUCUUUAUAAUGUAGAGAACUAUAUUGGAUCAUAACCAUAUUUAGGUUUAGGAAGAGGCUGAUUCCUGCAUUUUUGCAUCUCUGGUACCUUAUAUUGAGGUGUCACCUAUUACAUUCAUUGUUCAAUAUUAGCCUGAAUUUUGGCGUUUGCCACUUUUGCUCAAAAGCAAAUAAAUGGAACAAGGAGUUUUUUCAAUCACAUUUGGGGAAUUGUGUGCACAUGUCAUCUAUUAAUAAUGAUUUACAUUUGAUAUCAAACAUCACUACAAAUAUCAAAGGGUUAACCUUCUGAAUAAUUGUCCCCUGUAUCACUAGUGGUAAUGUAUGUGUCUGUGUUUCAGGUGAUCACUUUUAUUCUAAUGUUACAUUUUUUUCGCAAAGUAGAACUAUUGUAAUAUGAUUUAUUCUAUACUGGGAGUUUCAUGACCUAGGAUAAUGUGCAAAAUAUAGUGAGAAUUAGAAGACAGGAAUCAGAAGCAUUGUGAGUACUGCUUUAACUGCAAGCCUUAUGUUAGUGGAAAAACAUGCUGGAAGUCUGCUUUUGUCUUUAAAUGCAUUUUUACUCUUCAACUGGUGUUAUGACCUUUUUUUUAAUAGAUAAAAGUCUUGCUCAUUGCUUCAUUCUUGCAAGAAUUCUGCUGAACUGUUAUUUUUAAUUAAUAAACAUUAAAUUUUGUUCCAUUAACAUCAGAAACUUUUUUUAAACAGCUAUACAUUUUUCUUUGAAAUUUCAUUUUAAAAUGUGGUAUUCCCAAAUUAAUUGUAUAACAUGCAUUUUAAUUUUUGUAAAUAUUUCUAUCCAUUGAAAUUUUAUUCUGGUAUCAUGUGCAUUUUUAUAUUUUAAGCAGUCAA